AGGCUAUUUAUUCUGAGCUGCCAAUCUCCCCAGCUGUUUCCUAGCAAAAGUAGGUUGAGCUUUCAUAACAAAGAACAUGAUAUUUCUGUAUUACGAGUGAAAAAGAAGGCGGGAGCUCCGGCUAAACCAAGCGAGGAAGUGACUGCAGCCCCACUUGCACGAAACCUCAGUGUGAGAGACAGCGGGAUCAGCAAGAGCAGCAACAGCGCAGUGGCUUCACAGAAGGCAUGGCGGGACCUCAGUGCUGCGCUGUCAUGGUGACAGGGGCCAACCGUGGCAUCGGCCUGGAGUUGGUGAAACACUUUCUUAAGGAACCAAAUCCCCCCAAGGUGGUGUUUGGAACCUGCCGUGACCCAAAAGGACCAAAAGGACAGGAAUUGAGAAAUAUGGCUUCCAAGCACUCCAACCUGAUAAUUCUGCCACUUGAAGCCACAGAUCCAUCAAGUGUUGACGCAGCUGCCAAGAAGGCGGAGGCCCACCUGGGAGGCCGCGGCCUGAACCUCCUCAUCAACAAUGCUGGUGUCAUGCCACCUUGUUCCAUGGAUUCAAUCACCGCUAAAGACCUGCUGGAUGUCUACAACACCAACGUUGUUGGGCCAAUGUUAGUCACCAAGGCCUUCUUGCCUUUACUGAAGAAGGCUGCCCAUGCAUGCCAGCAGAAAGGCUUGAGCUGCGGGAAAGCUGCCAUCAUCAAUAUGUCCACCAUCCUGGGAUCUAUUGAGAAGACCCCCGAAACCUAUUUCUUCAUGCCUGUGGUCUCCUAUCGCUGCAGUAAGGCUGCUCUGAACAUGCUCACAAAGUGCCAGUCAAUGUGUUACAAAGAGGAAGGGAUCUUGUGCACCGCAAUACAUCCUGGCUGGGUGAAAACUGACCUGGGAGGUCAUCAGGCUGACAUUACCGUGGAGGAGAGCGUGAAAGGCAUUAUGAAAGUACUUUGCAACCUCUCUGAAAAACAGCACGGGGUCCUGGUCACUUGGGAAGGGAACGUUCUGCCAUGGUGAGAGCCCUGAGUGUAGCAGGAAGGACCAAAGAUUCAGCUGGCAACACGCAAGGACCUUUGCACUUCUGUAUGUUGGUACAAUGAGGCUUUUUAAAAAUAAAGUCUUGAUGAGCAA